AUGACUGAUGUCGAAAUCGUACCCAACACCAGCAUAAAUGACACAGAUCCCUUCAAUGAAGACGAGGUAAGCGAAAGAUCUAGCGUUAUCUUGCCAGAGACAUGAUGGAAUCUGGCGCGCUUAGCUUAUUUGAGGCUUGAGUUGCUGUUUUUUCCUACAUUUAUAAAUGUUAUAAUUUAGCUCUCAUCAUCCGAGGCUGAAACUUCCGUUAUACGACAUCUAUCGGUUGGACAGAGGCCACAUCGCACAUAACGUAAAGGCCCUGUACAUUAAUGAAAUCGUCUUCAAUAGUCAUACUUUGAGCUUGUUUAGGUAUCAAAGUAUAGUUUAACCACAUCUUCGUUUUUCAGCCUGUUUUAGCUGUAAGCUUAAAUGUUCGUAUUAGCUAAUUCUAAAAUUUUGGACGUACACAUAUCGCAUUUUGGCGAUUAGUAACUACACUGUAUACACUUAUUUUUCCAGGCCGAGAGACGGUUUCUGAACUCCAAACCAACAUGUUUUAUUAUAGUUGGAAAGCCGGUUAGUACCUGUGACUGUUCAAGAUACAGAUCUGUCAAUGAACUGUACAACUGAAGAUCAUGAUCAUGAUCAUGAUCUAUAAGCAGGACCCUAACGACUGAAGUUACAUUUAUCGUUAGCCAAUGCAACUCAAGUUAAUUCUCAGCUUUAUCAAAUCGAUCAGAGUCGUUGUCGGACUUUUGAUGGUCUUAGAUCAGUUUCAUUGCACCAAAUAGUUAUUACACUUGAACAGCAAGGCAAGAGGCAUUGCAAGUGUUUGUAAAUCCUGUUGAGCUGAUAGUUGUGCUACCGUACAGUAUGAUCUUAAGUACAGUUAAUUCCCCUAAUUGUACUAUGUGCUUCCUAGCCUCUCACUGAGUAGCACAUGAAAGUUAUGUUUUAUACCUCAUUUCUAAAAGUAAAACAGUUAUCUAUAAUUCCAUUAAUUAGUACACUGCCCACUAAAAUCUUGAAUAAAGUGAGUUGUAAUUAUUCUUUCCAGCAGACAUUUUCAUCAAAAUAAUUAUUUCUUCAUUAUUGUUUACAAUCUGAGGAGGUAAACAAGGACAAACUUUGCUUAACUAUUCUAAAAUUUUGACAGUAUCUGUUGAUUAUUCAUUGUUAUAUGUAGUUUCAUUCCUGUGUUGAAUGCUGGUAAAAAAAAAAUUCCAGCUUAUUUUCUAUUUGAAAAAAUGGUUUUUUUCUGGUCUCAAAUAAAAAAAGUGUGACAUGAUACUUUUUCUGCAUAAACAGGGUUCAGGUAAAACCUCCCUUGCAAGGAAGCUUGCCAGAGCAUGGAAAUGUGAGCUUAUUAAUGGUGAGUAGGAAGGGCAUGCUAUAAAGUGAACAUUAUUUCAACAUCUACUACUUGCCAUAUGAUUAGUUAACAUUCUUUGUACCUUUAAAAUUCUCUCAAAUUUAUAUCAGUGUGGAAUUAAAUCUGCACCUACACUGGGCAGACAAUUGAAAACAUCUUUUGUUAAGAGUGUUAUUUCAAAACAGGUAUUUUUGUAGUCUUAUGCUUGAGUAGUUUCUUUCAGUUGAUUUAUGACUGCUUGUUAUUGCUUGCUUAUUUCUUCUAUCCAAGGCUCAGAAAUAAUCAAUCAAGGAAUUGAACUGCAAACAGAACUAGGUGCCAAUGCACAAGAUAUUUUGCUGAGAGGUGAAGCAAUUCCUGAAGAAGUUUGUGCCAAGGUUUUAUUGGACAAGAUCAGUUCCCCAGAAGUUGCUCAUCAUGGUGAGUACAAACAUUUAUUAUCAGAAAUGCAUAUUAAAAUGUUGAUAACCAGGACCUGUUUAGUUUGUUGAGAGACACUGAAUUAUAUUGCUACAAAAACAUACUUGUCUACUACUUUGUUUGAAUUUUUUUCAUUACUUUUGUAUAGUAUUGAUAAAAAUGUUUCAAAAAUAUUUCUUGUUCUCUUUUUUAGGGUAUGUACUGGAUGGAUUUCCUUCAUUGUGUGAGGACUGGUUAUCAAUGGCUGAUCAGCUUGACCUUGUAAAAAAUCUACCUUUAACACCGGACUUUAUCAUUAAUAUGAAGGUAAAGAACAUAAGUGAACUUAAGGGGAGAUUAAAAUGAUAUUAGAAAUUGUCAAGGUCUUUUUUAUCAUGUGAUAUAAAUAUGGAUAUAUGAUGUUAAAGUAGUUAUUUUCUGAAUAGAAAAUAAAACAGUGGCACAUAUCUACAUUUAGUUUUAGUUGAUACAAAUGCCAACUGAUUUUCUUGUUCUCAUCAGAUUCCAGAUAAAGAUUUAGAAAAGCGACGUUGUGAGCAGCGUGUGGAUCCUUUGACUGAUAUACUUUACACAAAGAGUGAAUACGCCCCUGAGCUUCAAGCUAAAGAUGAUAAAGAAAAAGAUGAAGAAGAAGAAGAAGAGGAGGAAGAAGAAGCAGAAGAAGAAAUGACUGAAGAAGAGGAAGAGGUUGGAUUUUAUUUCAAACUUUAGAACUUAGAUAUUGGUAUUGUUGGUGUUACAAUCUAUUAUAGUAUCUGUAAUCUUGAGUUGAAAAAUUUAUCAUGACUUUCGUGUCUACCUAGUGCCAUUGUUUUAAUCUUCGCUGAACUUGAGUUUACAGUCUGCAUGAUGCAAUGCAAUGCAUGACCUUACAUUAGAUAAAAACACAACUGCAUGAAAGAUGGCAUGGCAAUCACAUCUACAACUAAUUGUUUUUAUUGUGAAGGAGGAAGAAGAAAGAGAAGAGAUCACACCAGAACUUGUUGCAAGACUUGUCACAAGGCCAGAGGACUUACCUCAGAAUGUUGCUACCAGUAUCAAAAAGUAUCGUGACAUGAUGCUGAGAACACUUGAGGUAUGUAACAUGUUCACUGUACAUAUUGUACCACAACUAGAUUGAUAUAACCAGAUUGACAUAAACAUCAUUUCUAUUAUUUUUACAGUUUCCCUUUGGACUUAUCUUUUUGAGAAUGUGGUCAAUUUUGAUGAACUUAUUUUUUGCGUUAGGGUCAGCUAUGUAAAAAAUGACUCGUCAGUAAUUAAACUGAAAUGAAUGAGGUUCAAAUGUGUUUUUUCCCCUUAGGAUUACAUGGCUGAUCAUGAUCAACAGAAGCUUAUUGAGUUGGAUGGUAAUGAGAGUCCAAAGGUUGUCUUCAAAGUGAGUAUUAUAUCUCACUAAAAGAAGAUGAUCAUGUUUCAAUUUUCUUUAGUGGUAUAAUUAGAAAAGCAUAGGAAUUUAACAGUAGUAUAUAAACUGUAAACUGUACUUACAGUACUUUGAAAUAAUUUAACAAUUGCUCUUUUUUUGUACGGCUGCAUAGAAAUACCUAUCAUCAGUAAUUACUUGAAUCUUCUAAGGUUGUUUUGUACUUUAGCUUCCAACUUUUGAGGUAAUUAAGUUCCACCUCACAUUUUAUUUCAGUCUCUUAUGAUGAAACUGAACACCUUCAAAUUAAACCAUGCACUGGUGCCCCUACGACUUCAAGGAGCAGAAGAAGGAGAGGAAAUAUCAGAUGAUACAGAGACUGAUGACCUUCUGCGCACAUUGGCAGCAACUGAGAUGGUAGCACCCAAGUUCCGUUGGCGACGCAGCAAGUGGGGACGUGCUUGCCCUGUGGCAUUGAAGGAGGGUAACAUUGCUCAAGGUGUGGCACAGUUUUCAGUCAGGUAAAGAGACACAAAAUUACAAAGUUGUUGUAGGUUGUCAGAAACUUGUGGAAAGGUCCUUGAAAUCGGAAAUGGAGAACGGUUAUCUUGAUUGACUGCUACAGUUUUGUAUUUGUCUUAAAACUUGAUGAACAUAACAUUUCCCCACCUGAAAAGUAUAGAUCAGAAGACCAUCCACUUGUUAGUCCUUGAUGCAUCUGUGAUCCAAAUUUGCUCUGGGGGAUAAAGUGCUGUAUGUGUAGCACCAAGUCAGUUUUUAAAAUUGAUUUGUUCUGUUUAACUUUUCAGUUUCUUGGACAAGCUAUAUGUGAUGGCAUCAAAUGAAUCACUGGCCCACUUCAUGAGGAAUCCACGUCCCUUCCUUGCCCCCCACCUGCCCUGUCCUCCCUGUAAAGUGUGUGUCCUGGGUCCACCCCACUCAGGAAAAACUGUACUGGCUCAAUCAUUGGCUCAGAGAUACAAUGCCAAGGUAAAAAUGGAACAGCAGUGAUCCAGGUCUCCUUUUUGAAAAUGAUUUUCCCAUGGCUAAUGAAGAAAAGCUGCCUUCUCUACUGUAGUCCCUAAGGGGAGUUAUUAGUCUCCAAGGAUUCCAUACAGGGGGCUCAUUAGGCAUGUGGUGGAGGGGGGGAGUGUUUUUUGAAAAAACUAAUCUGGAACCAAAUGGAAAGACAUUAUUUCUCUUUCAAAUCAUCACUCAGCUGGAAUGAAUAGGGUUUACAACAUGCAUUUAUUUGGAACAGAUUUUUCUCAGAAAUGUUACCCAGCCUAAGUGAAUUUAACUUUCAUUUUCAUAACAUCCUAAUUUUGCUGCUUGUUUUUUGUAUUAUGGGAAAUCAAUGGUGCCGACUAUAAACUUGAAGCUCUCUAUAGAGGGCCUAUAAGUAAGAAUGUUUGCAUAAAAAGGUGCAAACAAAUGGAUCAAAAAAUAUUAUUUACUGGUCAUGCUGUUGUUUUUACUUAUUCUUGAUGCCCUUAAUUUCAUUCUUCAGGUUUUUGACAUUGAUGAAUUAAUCAAGCCACGGAAAGAGGCUGCUAGGAAGAAAAUGUUGGAUGAACUAAGGGAGGAAACUAUCGAAUCUGCAAAAUCCAAAAUAACUGCAGCAAAACAAUCACAACAACUUGAAGCUGCUGAGGAGGAAGAUGAAUGUAAGUCUGCAACUAAAUAUUCAAUAUUAUGCUUCAAUUACAUUCACAGUCUACUGAAAGAAAGAAUAAUUUCCUCUGUAAUGCAACUCCAUUUACAAAGCUAACCAUUUCUUUUUCAUUAGUUAGAUGGAUAUUUUACAAUCAGUGUACUGUUGCAACCUCGAUUAGUCUUUUAAUGAAGAGGUUAGAGUGUCCUGUGCACUGACUGUAGCUGUGUGCAGAUGCUCAUACAAAUAAACAAAGUCUUUUGUUUAUCUUGAAAAAAAGUUUUCUGCCAGGUAUUUGGUAGAACAUCUAACUCCAAGUCAGAAAUUCAUGACCCAUGGUAAACUUUUUAAAUUAAUUUUUUAUGUUAUUCGGGUUGUCAUCUCCAUCUAAGGUGUUAACAAAGCUCAGUCUUAGGGCAUAUUUAACUUCUGUGUUUUCUUCCUCAAACAGCUGAUCCAGCUGAAGAUGCUGGAGAAGCAGCAGUAGAAGGGAAAGAGGGGGAUGAAGAUGGAACCAGUGGAGGAGAGAAAACACAGGAAGGAGAUGAAGCAGGUGAUGAUGGUAAACCAAGGGUGGCUAUUAAGGUAGAGGUACCUAUUGAUGCUAAUCAUCCUGAAGUUGUUAAGAUUGUCAAUGAGGUCAUGGCCGAGGCUGAGAAAAGAGAACCUGAACUACCACCAGAUGAGUAUACUGAUGUGAUUGAAGAGGCUAUUCAAAAGAGAUAUGCUGAGCUACAGGAACUGAACCCUGAUGGACCUCAGUAAGUUUGUACAGUAGUGAUUUUGGCUUUGGAUAAACUUGAAUUCUAUGUUGUCAUUUUUCUUGCACUUGGCAGCCAUCCAUGUUACUAUGAUGUAGCAUGAUGGUCUGAGCGAGGGUAAACAUAAACCUGAAGGGAAGUAAUCAUCAUGAACAUGUGAACAACUUUUUUGGAUACGGGAGGUCUAAUGUAUUCUACAACCUGUUGUUAGCACUGGGCCUCAUUCUAGGCUGAGAAACUUCAAGGGUAGAAUUUUCGGCCAGACUUUGGUGAAAACAAUAACAGCACAGCCAAAGAAUUUUAAAACCCCUUUCUUUGAUUUUGCUUCUAUGGCAUUAUCGAGAAAACUUUUCCAUUUAUUUUUCUGACAAAGCACUCUAGAACCUAUUGUUCUUUUUUUCAUCGACGUAAGUAGCAACCAUUUUGAAAAAUGUUUUGUUUGUUUUUAUCCUAGUGCUGGUGGUUACAUUUUGGACAACUUUCCGAGAACACGAGAACAGUUCACUUCAAUGAUUGAAAGAAACAUUGUUCCUGAUGAGGUGAUAUGCCUAAGAGAUGAUAGUGAAAAUGGAGAAUACUUGCUGAAAAGAUGGUAUUACACCAACAAAGAAGGUAUCUUAAGAAACAUAUUCCAGAGUGCAAGACUGACACACGGACACACACGCAGACAGACAAACAGACAGGCACGUGGACUAGUGAACAGAUGUGCUAGCUGAUUCAAUAUGAUAGGAUGGUGAACGGACAUGAAUAUAAGGAAUUUUCUUUUCCAUAACCCUGGCUUCCUAUCACGAUACUGAGAAAAACAAAACCACCAGAUCCAUUGUGGGUCUCCCGGUUUCUGGUCAUGUUGGAUAUGAAGUUAAAGUCUGGGUUUUUAGCAUUUCUGUUGUGCGCGCGUCUAUUUUCAAAUUUGAUUGAUGAUCAUGAUUUGUAUUUUCCAGAACUUCAUGAGAAAUGGGAGGCCAGACGCGCCGAGGAACGAGCUAGACAGGAAGCCGAGCGAGCUGAAAGGGAGAGGAAAGAAAAAGAAGAAGCUGAAAGAAAGGCUGCGGAGGAAGCCAAGAGGAAGGAAGAGGAAGAAAGGCUCCGGCAGGAGCAAGCUGAGGAAACCGGCGAGGGAGAGGAAGAAACACAGAAGGUCGAUGGAGAGGAUUCUAAGGAAGAGAAGGCAGGAGAAGAGGAAGGAAAAGAAGAGGAGGAGGAAGACGAUGGUGCUACUACUGAAGCUGAACCGAAGGCUACUGAGACACCUGAGGUGCAGCCUUCAGUAGAAGACCUGUCAUUAGGUCCGGGACUUGAAGAAGAGGAGUUAAUCCUGGAUUCAGACAUGCCACCCAAUACUCCCGAGACAGAGGAGUUCAAGAAUCUUAGAACGAACUAUGAUCGAGACUUUACACAGCUGUUGUCUGUAUUGAAAGGCACGAAUAAUAUAGAACCUAUAAUGGUAGCUGUUGACAAAGAACUGGACAAACUAAGCAAGGAGGUGGUCAAAAGAGUUGAAGGUAAGAAAGUACAUCUGUGUGACCACUGUGAUGAAAAAUAUCGUUGUCGAUAAGAGUACAGAUCACGCUUAACCACUGUUGAUUUGUUAAGUCUCGUUUCAGUUAAAGUCAAUCGCAUUUCUGUUUCAGCCCCGUUCAAUUACCGCGGCUGGGAGUACACAGGAAUGGAUCAAGACGAAGAAGAAGAAGACUUCGCGGAAGAAGAAGAAGAGGAGGAAGAGGAAGAAGAGGACAUUUAUAACAAGGACAAGAAAAAGAUCUUUGGGGACACAAACCAUUACUGUCCUGUAAUGUUGAAGGAAAAGUUCGUUUUGUGGCCGGGUAUCGCUGAAUGUGCUGCCAAAUACCGCGAGAGAACAUACUUUUUCUCCUCUCCUGAAUCUAGGGGUGUCUUCUUGGAUGAUCCAGAGAGUUUUUUGCCGAGCAAUAGAACUCUUGAGGUGAGAAAUUUUACAAACUACAAAUGGCUUCUGAUUUGCAUUAGGUUUUGUGGCGAUUACAACGAACGCAAAAGCACACAUGCUGUUUCUCAUUAAACUGUUAUUAAUUCAAUCGAUAGCCUCCCCCGAUUCGUCUUUUGAUCGUUGGUCCCAAAGGAGCAGGUAAAACCCUUCAUGGCCGUCAACUUGCCAAACAAAUGGGCGUAUUCCACAUCUCAUUCAAGGAUCGUCUCCAGGAACUUAUUAUCGCAAAGACGAAAAAGAAGAUUGGGCCUGAGUAUGAUGAUGACGAAGAAGGAACCGGUGAACAAGCCAUCACAGCACCUGAAGGACUGGAGGGGACUGGUCAGUAUUUUUGAGUGCAAUUCUAGAUUUUGCUUCAUUCAAUUCUUGUUCAAAAAAUGAAGAAUUAUUAAAAGUUUCUCAUCACUUUGAAGUAGACUUCCAGAUAUGCAUUUCAGUAAGAAAAAUUGUGUUUUAUCCAGAUACAGAAAAUGCUAUUAAGGCUGGAGAGGGAGAAGCUGAUGGCGAGGAAGGGAUUGGGGGCGAAGGAGAACAAGAACUGGAACUAACAGACGAAGAGGAAAGCAUCCGCGCCAAUUUAGCUGAUGGUGAAGCCUUACCAAACGAAACUUUGGACAAGAUUCUCCCAGCAUGGUGGAACGAGGAGCCCUUCAGGUGAGAUGGGUGCUAUACUACACGUCAUUAACAAGUUAAAUUAUUGCUUAUUCUUUAAAUCUGUUAACUUCGUAGACAUCUACGCGCUUUAGUCAAGAGAACUCUAUUGAUCUAAGCUUACCACGCUUUUACUGGAAUUUUCGAAUAAAUUAAACCUACUGAAGCGAUCGACGAUUCUUUUGGUUUAUUUUUUCUUUUGUUUUUCUUGUUUCCCUCAAGAUCUACUGGGUUUAUCUUGGAGGGUUUCCCCCGUACUGAAGCUGAGGCUCGUUACCUUUCCUCUGUGGGCCUGUUUCCAGACAUUGCAGUGAUCCUUGUGGUGGAAGACACAGAAAUUGUUGAUCGCCUCCUGCCACCACUUCUUGACAAAUGGCGCCUGAAACGAGACAAGCGAGAGGCGGAGAAGGAGCGACAACGAGCAUUGGCUAAGAAACAGAAGGUAAAAUAAAUGAUAUCUCAGACAGUUUUCUUGUAUCUCUGCCAAGAAAGCUUAGAAGAUGUCUCAAGUUGGUGUCUUUGAUGGUGCAGUGAUCGGCUCUCACCAUCGUCGUCUGAAUUGUUUUUUCGUUUAGUCCAAGGAGACAACGAAGGUGUAAAGUAAAUCAGCUAUCACUAUUUCGACAAUUUUCUCUAAACAUUGCCUUUCUUUUUCAUUCUCUCCAAAGGACGAAGAUAGAGCACGGCGACGGGAAGAAAAGAUGGCGGAAAUAGAGGCCAAAAAAGCCGAGAAAAUGGUAAUGUUCUUGUUCACCUUGUUUUAUUCUUAGUGGUUCAUUUUUAUUUGAACUAAUUUACAAUCAUGUACGACCAUUUCCGAUCAUCUGAGUUCAGUCCCACCUGCGUAACUUUUGGUUUACACUCGCUUCCAGGCCCGCAGGGCGCAGAGGGACAGCGAUGACAGCGAGGAUGAUGGAGACGAAGAUGAAGAGGACGAAGAUAUUGAGGCGCUGUUGGAUGCUGAGGAGGAAGAUGAAGAAGAAAUGGAGGAAGAAGAAGAGGAGAGUGAAGAGGAUGCUAUCGAACGACUGAAAACUGAGAUUGGAGAUCGGUAUGACGAGGAGACGGGACGAGUUGCUACUGUGCAGGUCAGUACGGAUGAGUUGAUCAGUUCCCAGUGUGUUUUGUGUUGUCAGAGAGAAAGCUAUCACUUUGAAGAAUGUGGUUUUUUUGUUUGUAAUGUCUAAUAAUCAAAUCGUAUAAUUUUUUACUCAAAAAUUACCGCAUUUUUUGUUUUGUCUCUAUUUUUUAUAGUAUACUAGCCUGAGAUAAAUCUAAGCCUUUUUGUUUACAUGUAUGUACACGAAGCAAGUUGCACGAAGUUGUGUUAACUGUUUACUUACUUGUAGAUCGACUUUUAAGCUCUGAAUAGGGAACAAAACUGUCAAAGAAAAUAGGAAAAAACGAACCAUACGAAGACUGCUAUUGUUAAAAAGAAAGCCUUCGAAUGAAUCUGGUUUCAAAAUUGAUGCAAAAUUUUUUAUCUUAAUAUUUAAUAUUUAGGAAACACUAGAAGAGAUUUCAAUUCCUCGGGUUGAAAUUAAUGGCGGACGGAAGCCGCGCAUUGUGGAGUAUUGUAUCAAGAAAGUUCUGAAGCCUGUGGUUGAUUUCCGGGAGAGUCUAUUUGAUCGGUGCUUCGCUAUUGAUGGUUACUUGGCCAACAGAAUGCUUGCUAUGGGUUACAAGUUUCCGAGUCGCUUUGGAAGGUGGUGUCCUGUGAAGGUAAUACUACGAUUCGUCAAAUCUUGUUAGUUCCAGGUUAAGAAAUAGUCAGGGAAAAGUCAGGUACUGCAUAGUAAGGACAGCCGUAGAGAGAGGCUGGCUGUGCCAUCUGCAUAAGGUCAGGGAAAAAUUUUGUUUUCGCGAGAAAAGUUUGGAGAAGUCAGUUAGUUUUUUAAGCUGAUGUCUGUGGCAAAAUGAGGAAGAGGUAAUCAUUAUUUUUCAUAUCAUUUCUCAUCUUCAUUCUUUCAUUACAGCCACUUUAUUUACUUGUAUCAUACUGAUUUCCGUGGCUACAAUGGAAAGUCCUUGAUUAAUUUGUGCCAUGUGAAAUAGCCCGUUGGUUGUUGAGCACAGAAAAAAAGUGUUGAUCGUAGAAUAAAGUGGACUUUUCUUUUCAGUUGCUGGAAGGUGAAGUUCUUCCCCCUCAACACGGCUUUGGUGUUAAUUCCUUCCCUGUUGUCUACCGACAACAUAUUUACUUUUGCUCGGGACGAGACGAGCGGGAGACGUUCAUGCAGUGUCCAUCACGUUUCUUGAAACAACCUUCUCCUAAACCUGUCGUUCCUAUUAAGAUGGCGAUCAUUGGACCUCCAAAGUCUGGCAAGACUGGAUGUAAGUUUGAGUACAUUUUGAUAAUAACAUGUAAGGUUAUAGAUGUUUUACUCCCUUCUCUACUCCUUAAAUUUCUCUUCCUACUCCACCCCACCUAAACAUGAAUUUCACCAAGAUUUUCUCGUUGUGAGAUUUAAGCAAAACAGAUAUUUGUUUCCUCUAUAUGUUUGAUUGAGUCAUGGGUACGAGAGAAAGAAGGGAAAGUCGAGAAAAUUGGCUCGUUGUUUGUCGUAAACUUCAAAGUUCUUCAAACUCUCUAUAAACAAAACGAAUGAUUGGAUUAUAAUGUUUCUCUUUCAAUGCAGUGGCAAAGCGUUUUGUGGCGGAGUAUGGCGUAGUGAGACUAUCUAUAGGAGAAGCAAUCAGAAAAGUUCUGAAUUUCCAAUCAUACACGGAACUGGCUCGACAAAUCAACCUUCACCUAAAGGCUGGGAACCCCGUGCCAGAUGAAUUGGCGGUACAAGCUUUGGAGGUCGCCCUGUUGGACAUGCAGUGUCAGACGCGAGGGUAAGUUUGUGGGUUGGUGGGAGAAGACAUUUCCUAGAAACCCGUUUUUGAGAAAAAUUACUUUGAAUAACUCUAAAAAAUGAUUACAACUAGUCCGAUCUAAGAUAAUGAGGAGCGGCUUAAAGAGAGCUAGACAUAGGUUCCGAAACAAAAGUAGCGGUUUUCUUUAACUUUUCAUUUUACAUUAUUAUAUAUUUUUUUCAUGAUAGGUUUAUACUUGACGGAUAUCCUGUCACCAAGAAACAAGUGGAGCUAUUGACCGAGCGGAAGAUUAUUCCUGUUAGAGUUCUGGAACUACAAGUAGACGAUGACGAAGUGUUGAGACGAGGAACCGCUGACCGUCAUGCUCCAACAAGGUUUUAAAAAACGAAAUCAAUACUCCGCUUUCGGUUAAAUAGACGACUGUAGACCCUCAAAGAGGCCUCUUAGACACAAUGUUGUAUUUUGUAUCUAACAAUUUGUUCAAGUUUUCAUAGGCAUAGCUUUGUUUUUUGUAGUGUUUUCAAGAGAAUUUAUAUUUUGAUGACUGUUUCUCGUCUUAUCUGUCCCAGGAUCCUUCCUUUGCACGAUAGUCAACAGAUACUCGGCAUCAGGCUCAACGCCUGGCAGCGAGAGGUUGUGGAGGUCAGAGACUGGUACCAAAAAGAGCACAGAAAUUGGGUGCCUAUGGACGGUCAGCGGUCGAAGUGGUGGAUUUGGAACCAGGCUCUUGAUGAAGCCAGAAAAAGCGUCCGUCAGAUUCAAACUUACUUACAGAGAUUAUCUGAAGGUAAAGUCAGAGGCGAUUCAUUUGAUAACUACCACAGAGAAAUAUGUUAGAGUGGGUAAUAAGCUUUUUAUCGCAAUCGUGAUUUGGGAACUCACUUACUAAAUUGUUUUUAAAAAUUCGGUUUCUAGAUAACAAGCAAAAUGGUGAACGACUACUUAGCGAAAAAUACAACUUUGAAUACCAACAAAAAACAGAUGCAUUGUUUGCGGCUAGUUGAUAAGUUACUGAAAAUGUUACUGAUCGCCUAAUGCAACACCACAACGCUAGUAUAAGUUGAGAGGGGUUUGGAAGUUAAUGGAGUAAUGAGGAGACAGGUUAUUUGUUGACCUUUGUUGAAGACUCGGCACCAAGCCCCGUCGUUAGUUGACUAACCUUAACCUUCUCUCGUACUUUUAGGCAAAGCGGCGUCAAUAGCGGAUAUGUGUAUCACACCGAGUGAGUGUCUUGUCCGCUUGGGCGACUUUGGCCAGUACUGCCCAGUCAGCUUAGCUGACCGUGGAGAGUUGGUCGACUGUUCUGUAAACUCUUCGCUUGAAUUUGCCGCCGAGUUUCGAGGACGUUAUUACAAAAUGGCGUCCAGAGUGGAACUAGAACUAUUUCUCGCGGAUCCAGCUCGUUACGUUCCUCCCCAGGCCCCUAGAAAACUCCCUGCUCCCGACCUCCUUCCGAAAAGAAGGACGGAAGCGGAAGUUAAAGCUAUGUUCCCGAAACAGAUUGAACUAAAAGGCUACUGUCCUGUGACGUAUCUGGAUGGCAAACUGAGGUUAGUGAGUAUUAGCAUGUGUGGUUUCUGUCCAACGAAGAAUCUGCAUUCAUGUUACGACCUACAUUACAUGGUAUAUCUCUCGGCAAUUUUUAAGGGAAACGAUCUCUUGAAAGAAAUAUUUAAGAAACGUGUGUCCGAAAUACUGAAAGGAGAGGAAGGAUCAAGUGAAAUGUAUAACGUAACUAAAGGAAGAGCAAAAAGAUGGGAGCACUUGAUUUUUUCGCAUUUUAUUUAUUUAUCUAUUCAUUUACUGUUUUAAUUUUUACAGCUACAAAUCCAUUUUGUUUUUAAUUUCCUUGACUUAUUGUCAUUAUUCGUAAUUUUUCUAUCCGCAGAUAUGAACACAUUGUUCCUGGAGAGACAAACUUAGUGGUUGAAUAUAGAGAAAAACUAUUUUGCUUUGAAUCGGAAGAAAAACUUCAAAAAUUUAUGAGGUAAUUAUAAUUUGACCACGCAGACAAGAUUGAGAAAGGCUAAAGAUAGAAGUUUCAAAUUUUUAACAUGAAUUUCCUUUUUCCAUUGCAACGGGUUGGUAAGGUAAAAAAUAAUUACUUACAGCACUGAAAUAAGAAUAAUCAAACAAUUCUCGUUUCUAUCAACAGGCUACCAGAAAAGUACCACGGAUUGACACUACCACACAAGUUACCACCGCGAAAAGAACCUUUACUUGUCAGUGGACUCCCUAUGUUAGGUUACAUGGAGCAGAGUGUAGCCACUGCUCUAACCAAAGCGCUUACUGCUGUGGGUUGUUUCAAACCGAAGUAUCCAUUCAUUGAUGCUAAGAAAUCUGCCUUACUUUAUAUUGGCUAUCACCUUAAAGGUCAGAAACGAGUAACGUGAACGUAAAAACAUAAAAACUGGCGGAAUUCAUGGCAAAUAAAGUAGCCUCGUAGGCUAGUUAAACAAUUGGGAGUUUAAGCACAAACGUGAUGUAAAUGGCGACCGGAAUUUAAGAUUUCCUAUGUGUGUUUUGUUUUGUGUGAGAUACUAAAACAAGCGCUUUUCAAUUGACUGCUUGCUAUCAAAGAGCGUCAGAAGUAGUUUCAUUCUCCUCCUGGUCGCCACACGUGACCGUCUGUACUUAAGCGUCCUUUUAUCUCUCUCUUCACUUCCACAAAAGUUAUACUGCUGCCCGCAUUAUUUAGUGAUUGUUUGCGUCCGCAGAAAAUGUUCAACAAUUUCCACUUCCUAAACAUGUGAAAUCUGCAAUACUCUUUCUCCAUUUUUAUUCUUGUGAUCUCAAUGAAUUUCACACCUAUCGUAUCGCGUUUUAAGGAAGAAAGAAAUGUAGAAGUACAAAUCCAGUUAAAGCUGGGAGACAUUUCUAUUGGGAUCCAGCAGUUUAGAGAGAAGUUGAACUUAAACCUUUUUUUUUUCUCAUUUCAGCCUACAACCCUAAGAGCAGUGAGUAUGUGCGCAAAAAAUACAAACAGAAAUUGAUGAGGUUCGAGGAAGAGUGUGAACUGAUUGGGUACCUCGGCAAAGAGAUGACCGUUCGUUACCGAGAACCAGAUGAACUACCCAUCGACUUUGAUCACAAACUGUCAGUUUUUCUGGCGCUUAAAGACAUAGAACCCACACCGACCUGGUGUGCGUGAUACUUCAGUCACGGUGAAAUCGUUCGUACGUGAAGUUUCCUACAAAGUUGUGAUGAAAGACAAAGUUAUUUAUUUUGAAAGAAAUCAUGGUUUACUUCUAACUCUUGACUAGCAUUUGGAUCUAAAUUGAACCGGUAUUGUGCAAUGUAUAUAUAAUGUCCGCAACAAGGUGGC